AUGGAGGGAGCCUCUCAGGACCUCAAGCGCCCGAGAGCCGCCCUCGACGGCGCUUCUGUGGAUAUUGACCAUUCUCCUGCCCCUCCUGACGGGACAGAAUGCUUUCCAGAGCCCGCGACCAAGCGGACUCGCGCGGAGACGAGCCAAACACGUAGUGGGCAGGCUGCAGCCAGCGCCCUGCUCGACCUCGUCCAAUCGGGGCCCUAUUUCACGGCCAUCGCCAGGUGUCUGACAGCACAGGACCUCGCCUCGCUAGCCAGCUGCUCCUCUCAGACCCUCGCCGCCGUCCUGGGCGUCGCGGGCGCCACGCUCUCCGUCGCCGACGCCAACAGCGCGCUCCUGCGCAUCCUGGCGCUCCGCGGCGACCAGCUCCGCCACCUGUCCGCGACGGCAAGCCGCCUCGGCGGCGCCGGCGCGCUCGACGAGGUCGCUGCGGGCGGAGCGGCCGUCCUGCUGCAGAACAAACCAACCGCCGGCGAAAUCGACAUCGAUGGCCUGCGGUCCUGGGAGAUCGGCGUGGCACCCGGGGACGUCGGCGCGCUGCUCGGCGCGUGCGAGCGGCUGGGACGCUCUGCGGACGGCGCGAGCGUCGCGGGCGACGCAUACGCAAUGCUGGACGGCGUGCGCGCCGCCGUCGGACCACACACCCCCCUCCCCGUCGUGCGCCUGCGGGCGUACCUCCCGCGCGCGCUCCCGCAGCUCCCGCAGCUCGUCGCGCUCACGAUCGACAACCUCGGCCGGCCAGACGCCUUUUCAUUUCUGGAUGCCGCAGGGCGCCUCCUGACACCGAAUCUGCGGCGCCUGACCGUGCGGGGCUGGCGGUGCCCCGCGCUGCCGGGCGAUCUCCCGCUCGAGUACCUCGAGAUCGAGGGCGGCGACAGCGCCGCGGGCGACGCGUCCUGCUCUGCGCCGGGCAGUUCCUGGCUGCCACGCAGCUCUGCGCGGCGGUUGCGGACCCUGAAGCUGGAGCAGGUGCAGGUGACGCGGUUGCCGGAGGACGCGCCGCUCGAGGACGUCGUCGUCGAGGACUGCAAGGUCCUUGAGGAGGGCCCCGAGUGGCUCCCGCCGUCGUCGGUGCAGCGGCUGCGGCGCAUCCGGGUGGCGUAUAGUACCGUGAGCGAGAUACCGCCGGACUGCGUGAGCCUCGAGGAGAUCCACCUCGACGGGUGUCCGCGGCUGCGCGCGGCGUGGCUUCCGGAGAGCAGUGCCCAGAAAGUGCACACAGUUCGAGCCACCAAGUCGUCCGUGGCGCGGGUGCCGCCGGCCAUGCAGUGCCUGCGCGAGCUCGUCCUGAACGGCUGCGCGGUCCUCGGCAACGACGAGGCGCAGUGGAUCCCGCUGAGCUCCGUGCAGAACCUCCGGCGCCUCGAGAUCGCCCACACCAGCGUCACGUGCCUCCCGGGCUGCGCCGCGCACCUCGAGACGCUCAACGUGUCGCACUGCGAGUUCCUCGCCGCGGACGACACGUGGCUCCCGCUCAGCUCCGCGGGGAGCCUGCGCAGCCUCGUGGCGUGCCACUCCUCGAUUCGGAAGAUCCCCGAAGACAUGCCGCUUAUUCAAUUAGACCUCCAGGGGUGCAAGAACCUCGCCGACGUACACGAGGCGAUCCCGGCGUCCAGCGUGAGGACCCUCGAGCGCCUGACCAUCUCCGGCACGCUCCUCGAGGCCGUCCCCGCCGCGGCGACGCGCCUGCAGCAGCUCGACGUCACGCAGUGCCUGUGGCUCGACCGAGAGCACUGGCUGCCGGAGCCGGUGCGCGCAAGCCUCGAGCUCCUCGUCGUGAGCCUCACGCGCCUCGAACGGCUGCCCCCGGGCCUGACGCGGCUCCAGGUGCUCGGUGCGAAGUACGCGGACCUCUCGGCACACGACUGGCUGCCGCCCUCGAGCUGCGGGAGCCUCAAGUCGAUCGACCUCUCCGACGCGGUCGUGCGCGCGCUCCCGGACCACCUCCCGCCGCUCGAUUUCCUCGACGUCAGCUCGGCGCGGCGCGUCGUCCUUCCCGCGCAACUGCGCGUCAAGAUCCUGCGCGCCCGCAAUCACAGCGUGUGGAAGGUGCUCCCGGACGGGCUGGCCGGCGUCGAGGUCCUCGAUGUCUCGCACUGCAGGAUGGACGGCAGGGUCCCGGGGGGUCGUGAGGAGUGGAUUCCGGGGGGGUGUCGGACGACGCUGCGGCGGCUGGUGGCGCGGGCGUCGGAGCUGACGCGGUUGCCCGUGCUGCCGCGGCUGGAGCACGUGGACGCGCGGGAGUGUCCGAAGCUGGUGGCGGUGGGCCCGCGGGGCGCGCACUCGGAGUCCGGGUGGCUGCCCGACGGGUGCGGCGCGGAGACUGGGCGGCCGGUCGAGGUCCUGAGGGAUCUCGUGUGA